CGAAUAUCAUGCCAGCCCUAAUUAACAAAAGAUCAAAGCUUUUCAACAAGGCCGCCGCCUCCUCAGACGCGCCGCCGUGGCUGGAACUGCCGGAUUAUUUGACGGAGAAUAUCCUACUGCCAAUCGGAGAUAUACUGACUACUGCGCAGAAAGUGUGUACUACAUGGCGGAGAGUGAUAAAAAAUCCCACGAUGUGGCGCGUUAUUAACUUGGAUUGUCGAGAUUGGGCUGACAAAAAAUUCGCUAGCGUAUGCUAUCGCAUAGUGGAUCGUAGCCAGGGACAAUUGGUCGACCUAAAGCUUCUCAGUUAUAAUGAUCAAGACUAUGAGUUUCUUGAUUACGUCGCCGGAUCAAGUAAGCUCCGAUGCCUUACACUCGCAGGGUACGAGAAAAUUGAAAUUGGUUUGACUGAUGCAAUAGAAAAACUCCCACGGUUGGAAGAGUUGCACCUUAUCAGAAUGCCAUCACUGAGUGUAGAAGAAUUUGAAAGCAUUGGCAUGUCUUGCCCCAUGUUGAAAUCAUUUACAUAUAUAGACCAUUGGCUUACGGAUUACCCUAUCGAGGGAAGAUUUGGCACUGAGCAUGCCGUUGCAAUUGGAGAAACCAUGCCUAAUCUGCACCAUCUCGGACUGGAAGCGAUUCUCGAUGGCUGCCCCCAUCUUGAAUCACUUGAUCUUCGGAGAUGCCUUGGUCUUGAUCUGGAAGGAGCUCUGGGUAAAAGAUGUUCUGACCGAAUAAAACAUCUGAGGCUUCCUUCUGACUACAGUGUUACUGAUUGGGUUAUCAAAUAUCCUGCGUAUGAAGAUAAUAAAUCUGAAUAUAAAUACGAAAAUGGAAAUAAAUAUGAAUGUGGAUAUGUUACUACUUACUAUGACAGUGAUUUUUAUAUACCUCCAGAAUUAUGA